GGUGAAACUUUAUGGACAUGGCUUCGCAUACCUGAUUUUUUUUUUUUUUCCUUUUGGAAAAUCUGGGCAAAGAUAAAGCUCCACAGGUCGAUUGAGUGCUCAAGAUGUGGACAGAAUGGCUGGGGAAAGGGAGAAAUUUGGCUGUUUAUUGUGGCAGAAUGGGGUAGGACAAACAUUUCCAACUGGUUCUGCAAUUGUGUGUAUGUUAUUUUCAUCCUUAUUUCUGUGAAUGCAUGCACAGAGAAAAGCCUAAUUUUGCUAUUGUGUCUACCUUCCAUAGAAAUGGAAAUUUUUUAUCGGGAUAAGUGAGAGACCAGGGAGUCUCCUCAAAGUAGUGUGUAUGGUCUAGCACAAGGCUCUAUAUAUGUUGGCAAGUUUUCUAUCUUGGCAAAAGGGCAAAUUAUAAAUUUAAAUAGAAAAAAUAUUGAAAUUCCAGAAAAACAGGAUCUUGGAAGACUUUCUUUCAGGAUAUGGUAAAAUGCUACUCCUGCUUCUGCUAAAUCUACUGGUGGGGCAGAAAACUUUUUGAGAGAGCUCUUGUGAGACAGACCACUACAGCAAGAGCAAGCAGGGAAACAUGACAGCAAAAACACUGUUUUCAUGUAACAUUGCAACAGCAUUUCUGUCUUUAAUUAUUGCAAUGAAUGUGUGCCAGUUGAACAAUGCCGUUCUGGUCAUUACACCUCAGAAAGAAGAGGAAUGUGAAGCCUAUGAUGUGAUGUUGAAGCAGAGCCUUGUGCCUGUAGGGCAGCCUCUUGCUAUUAAAUGUUCACUGGAUAAGAGCUUGAAAAGUGGAGACUACAACUUAACAUGGUAUAAAGUUGGUAACAAGAGAGCUGUGCCUAGAGACAAACUGUCUAGAGUUCAUCAGCAGAAGAAUCUAAUUUGGUUUCUUCCUGCCAUGUUAGAAGAUUCUGGAGAUUAUGAAUGUGUCAUAAGGACUUUGACAAGCUGCAAAAAAAUGUGUACAAAAGUAACAGUUUUUGAGAGGAUUGAUGGUUUCUGCUUAAAUGAAAAAUUUGCUGUAGAGGAGGUGAUAUUCACAUCAUCUUCAGCAAAGGUCGUUUGUCCCCACUUGGAUUAUUUCAGGAAAGAGAAGAAUAUUCAUCCUGUUCAUUGGUAUAAGGACUGCCAGCUGCUGGAAGGAGAAAGGUUUGUCCUUUCAAACAGUGACCUUAUAAUUUUCAAUGUAACUGUACAUGACAGAGGAAACUAUACCUGUGAAACAGCAUAUACCUACAAUGGCAAACAAUAUAACAUUUCACGAGACGUCAGUCUGGUUGUAGAAGUGACCCCACCAAAAAAGCCUCCAGAAAUAACUUACCCAAGAAACAACUCCAUUGAAGUGGAACUUGGCUCACAGGUUACUGUGGAUUGCAACACCACAGGUGCUGAUGGGUAUGAGGUGUACUGGACAGGCAAUGGUGUGUAUAUUGAUGUGUUUCACAUGAGCAGAAUUUUUGCAAGUCUCUAUGAGGGAGGAACUUCUCACGACGGGCGCCCUAUGCAUUCUGUGAAGCUAAUAAUUUCAGAAGUAAGCAGUGAAGACUAUGAACAGCCUUUUGUUUGUCAAGCUUCAAAUGCCUUUGGGCAAGUUGCAUCCUAUAUUAUUUUAAAACACAGAGUUCCUGACAUACAAAGAUGGCUGACUGGAGGGCUUGUCUCUUUGUUAAUUUUAACAUUUAUUACUUUAAUAAUCUACAAGAUUUUCAAGAUUGAUUUGGUACUUUGGUACCGUACUUCUGUCUGUGCCCUUACAAGUAAGGAAGAUGGGAAAAUCUACGAUGCAUAUGUCCUGUACGCAAAAAGCAGUGAAGACAGAAGUAUAUGUUGUGUGGAAACCUUUGUUCGUAGGAUACUCCCAGAUGUUUUAGAAAAACAAUGUGGAUAUAACCUUUUCAUAUUGGGAAGGGAUGAUUUACCAGGAGAAGCUGUGGUCAGUGUGGCUGAUGAAACCCUUAAGCAAAGCAGAAGACUGAUGAUUAUUUUGGGAUCAGAAACAUCUAGGUGCUGCCUGUUGGAAGACACCUCUGAGCAACAACUAGCUAUGUAUAAUGCUCUCAUCCGUGAUGGGAUCCAAGUGAUUCUUAUAGAAAUGGGUGAAAUACAGGACUACACCAGCAUGCCAGAAUCAAUCAGAUACAUUAAGCAAAAACAUGGAGCUAUUCAAUGGAAAGGGGACUUCUCAGAGAAAUCUUGUUCAGCAAACACAAGAUUCUGGAAAAAUGUGCGCUAUCAAAUGCCAUCCAGGCAAAAGGGAACUCAUUCUGAAGUGCAUUUGUUGCCCCUCAUGUCAAACAGUUCUGCAGCAAAGGAAAGUUAAGAAGCACUUUUUAAAAUAAUAUUAGAAAGAUAAUUCUGAAUUGGGAUGUUUCUUGCAUAUUCUUUAUACUACAAAGUAGAUGUUUUCUUUGAGGAGUAGAAACUGCUCAUCUCUUUCAUAAAUUACACCCUAAAAGAAAAACUCUGUGCAACUUUAUUUCUGUUACUUCUGGGUUUUGGACAGUGCCACAAUUUGUUGUCUUAGUCUCCAUCAAAUAUUACAAGUAAACAGGGUGAUAAUGAUAGGCUAUUAAGUAGCCGUGGUCCACAUAAAUGUUGUAUGAAGAAACAGCUGUGAAGUCCAUUUUAAAAAAAUCAGAACUGCAGUUGAUAAAAUUAAAAGUCCAUUUCUAUCAUCAGCAUUCUCCUAGUCAUUCUGUUCCAAUUCUUGUUGCCUCUCCACGAUUGCCUGAUUUCCUUAUUGCUUCAAGAAUCUGCUCUGUGCAAGCUUUGUCUCCUGAGCAACAGACCUUACCCUUGCUUCUUGAAAGGGUUGGGGAAAUAUAUGACAUAACAGAUAUAUUCAAAACUCAUCACAACACUAAAUGUUGAAGAACAACACUCUGCUGAAGAGUUGGUGCUAAAUGUGUUCAGCAAAUGGAAGUGAAUGAAAUCUGUGGAUUUUUAGAGUGUUGAACAAUUCUGUGAUAUCUGGUGUAUGUUUACUUUUGAAACUUAGUCUCUUGUAAUGCCUGGGAAACUGAAAAUAGUUCAUACUUCUUGAGAACGUGAAGCUUUCUAGACUGUGCUGCUACUCUGGAAACCAGAUGUUCUCAUGCUGCGUCUCAGCUGUGCUAACUGCAUGCACAGAAAUUCACUGAGAGCCCAUCAAAGAGCUGUGCUUGGGCUGGGUAUCCUGGAGAGUGGAAAGUGGCCGGUUCUGAAACAUGACCCAAUUCUAACAGCAAGAAAUGGUAACUCAUCUACUUGUGAAAGAAAAAGUUAGAGACAUGUGGGUACAUCAAACUGCUUGAGAGUAGCUUGGUACUUCUGGAUCCCAGUCCACUUUUGGUGUGCAUCACUGUGAGAAAAUGACAUGCUGCUUCCUUUUCAAGGUGGUCUGAAGCAGCAGGAGUUUUCAGGCUCUAGUUUUGAAGAUCAUCUAAAUGCAAAUAUGAAUUUUGCUUGCUUUUUAAACAUUAUUUUCUGAAGUUAUGUAGGUUCUAACAUAGUGUUUAUUGCCAGGAUAACAUCUGUCAUGGAAUUACUUCCAGUUGGUUCUCAGAGGUAUGUGUAUCUAGAAUAUAUUCAUUGGGCUGUAUUGAUGGGAGAGAAAGCAAAAUCUAAGAGUGGAAAUAUAUAAUCAAAGGGAAAGAUUUCCAAUAGCAUUUCAUGGUACAUUUUUUCUUUAUAAAGUGUAGUAAAUACUCCUUAGGAGCAGUGUCUCAUUCUCCUGGCUGUGGGGUUCACAACUGUGUAAUUUUCCACAGCCUUCACUGACUUGUUCUGAGGUGUCACCAGGAAAACUAGCAACAGGGUAGAUCCAUCAGAUCAGGCACUGUUGUCCUGGUAGAUGUUGAAUCCAUGUUCUUUGGAAAUGCAUAAUAGUUAGGCUGGAACCUUUAAAAAGUAAAUUUAGGGUCUUAGAGAAUUCAGAUAACCAUUAUAGUUUCCUUCCUUCCUUUUUAGAAUUUGUGUUUAAAAACAGAACCUGCUUAUUAUCCAUGUAGAAGGAGAAAAAUAAUAAGGAAAUGGUGUUGAAACUGUGGUAGAUUUUUUUCAGCUUCCUUAUUUCAUGUGCUUUGAAAAAAAAAAUCAAACAAACUAAUGACUAGGACUUGCAGUACUACAUAAAAGUAAAUUAGUUUGGUAUUUUUUUUUCUUCAAUGUGCUGCUUUUUUUCUAGUUCUUUUCAGAGGUUUGUCACAUUAUUCAAGAUGAUAAUUUUCCCAUUUCUCUACUAAAUGAGACUCCUAAUAACUCCUAAGUGAAGAAGGAUGAUUGUGAAUCAGCAUUGAUUUACCUGAUACUUUCUUUCAAACAACAUUUAGUAUGAUUAUUUUGUGUCCUUGUAUAAAAGUGAGAGUGGGAGAUAGGUUUUGGUUAUCAUGGUUGAUUGUUAGCAAGCUACUUCAAUGUAGCACAACAUGAGAGGGCUUAUCCUUUUAUCAGGGGGUUUAAUUUUGAAGCUGAAUUUUCUCUCUAUUUUCUCUCCUUGGAAAAUGUUUUUUGCAAGUCACAUUGGAAAAUGCAUUUUUUUUUUGUGGUAUAAUAAAAGAAGUCCCAUAGAGACAGAUGUGCUGGAUGCUCUUUAUUACAAAAAAAAAAAAAAAAAAAAAAAAAAAAAAAAAAAAAAAAAAAUUAAAA